AUGGGCAAGAGUGAGACAGAGCAGAGAGAUAGUGUCUUCAAUCCAAUGUUGAAGCUGGCCAAGCUUCUGCAUUCCAGAGGCUUCCACAUCACCUUCGUCAACACCCAGUUCAACCAUCGCCGCCUCCUCCGCUCCCGCGGCCCCCGCACCCUCGACGGCCUGCCGGACUUCCGCUUCGCAGCCAUCCCCGACGGCCUGCCCCUCUCCGACACCGACGCCACCCAGGACAUCCCCUCCCUCUGCGCCUCCAUUCCCGUCCACAGCCUCCACCCUUUCCGCUGCUUGCUCUCCGACCUGGCCGCCUUUUCCGACGUCCCCCCCGUCUCCUGCAUCGUCUCCGACGGCGGCAUGAGCUUCACUCUCGAUGCCGCCAGAGAAUUCGGCAUCCCUGAAGUGCUCUUCUGGACCCCCAGCGCCUGCGGCUUCCUCGGCUUUACCCAGUACAAAGCCCUCCACCAGAGAGCCCUCGUUCCUCUCAAAGAUUGGAGUUGCCUCACAAACGGGUAUUUAGAGACCAAAAUCGACUGGAUGCCAGGGAUGAUGAAGAACGCCAGAUUGAAGGACAUUCCGAGCUUCAUCAGAACCACAGAUCCAGACGACGUCAUGAUCAAAUUCCUCGUCACUGAAACGGAGCGAUCCUCCAAAGCCUCUGCCAUCAUCAUCAACACGUUCGAUUCUCUUGAAAGAGACGCCAUUGACGCUCUCUCCGCCAUGUUUCCGGCCCCUGUUUUCACCAUUGGCCCUCUCCACUUCAUGCUCAAUACCCACAUAAAAGACGACCACCAACUCAAAUCCAUCGGAUUAAAUCUAUGGAAAGAAGACAGGGGGUGCAUGGAGUGGCUGGAUUCGAAGGAGCCCAACUCUGUUGUGUACGUGAACUUCGGAAGCAUCGCCGUGAUGACGAGCCAACAACUCGUUGAGAUGGCGUGGGGGCUGGCCAACAGCAAAAAUGACUUCCUUUGGAUCAUACGGCCGGAUCUCGUCACAAGAAACUCGGCCGUCCUGCCGCCGGAGUUCUUGGAGGAGACGAGAGGGAAGGGGAAGCUGGCAAGCUGGUGCCCGCAGGAGGAGGUGUUGAGCCACCGGGCCGUGGCCGGGUUCCUGACCCACAGCGGCUGGAACUCGACGCUGGAGAGCCUGGGCGCCGGCGUGCCGAUGAUCUGCUGGCCAUUCUUUGCCGAGCAGCCGACCAAUUGCCGGUACAGCUGCGAGGAAUGGGGGGUGGGGAUGGAGAUAGCGAGCGACGUGAGGAGAGAGGAGGUGGAGAGGGUGGUGAGGGAGUUGAUGGACGGGGAGAAGGGAAAGGAGAUGAAGGGGAAGACCGCGGAGUGGAAGAAGAAGGCGGAGGCCGCCGUCGCGCCCGGCGGCUCGUCGGAUGUAACUUGGAGACGCUUUUUAGUAGAAUGCAAGAUCUCUCCUUUCAUCCCUAAACAAAUUACGUUAUUAAGAAGAUGUGCAUUUGGGGGUUGCAAAUCAGAUGUACAAGCUCUGAAGCACUGCAAUGAUGUUUAUGAGAGCAACCCAUUGCGAACUGAUAGUCUUCUUCUUCUGAGUGCAAUAUAUUGUCAAGUCUCUUAA